GAAUUACCCAAGUUCCAUCGGCUGCAGAGACAACAACAGAAGAACAGCCCGAGUCUAAUGCCGACCAGCCACAGGACUCAGAAACUCCACUUAUACCUCGGGCUCUGCCAAUGCAUUUUAGUACGCCCUUGAACCCACCACUGAAACCACAUAAGGGGAACCCACCACAACAGCAGCAUCGAUUGCCUCAACAUUACCCAUUAUUUCUGCAACAGCCAGCAUUGCAGCAGCAACUAUCACCGCUAAUGCGGUCCUUGCAUCCGCAACAGACAGCGCUACAGCAGCAACCAUCACCUCUACUGCGAUCCUUGCAUCCGCAGCAGCCAAGGCCGCAGCAGCAACUAUCACCUCUGAUGCGCCCAUUGCUUCUGCAACAGCCAGUACCACGGCAGCAACUGUCACCUCUGCUGCACCCCUUGCUUCCGCAACAACCAGCAUUACAGUCACUACUAUCACCUCAUCUGCAUCGAUUACUCCCGCAGCAGUCAGCGCCCUGGCAGCAAACAUCACCUUUUCAGCAUCAGUUACCUCCACAGCAACCAUCACUAAUACAGCACCCAUUACUUCCACAAAAGCCAGCACCCAUGCAACCUGAAGCUGAAGACCAUGUUAAAACUUUGCUUUGGCAAAAUCCAACUAAUCAGCUCGAUGACCCACUUGGUGUCUCACAUGGUGAAGAUACUUUGGCGUCGUCAAAGGGACAGAGCCCGUCAGGUCCCGCAACUGUGUGCGACGUUUUGGGCUUGUCUGAAUGGUUUGAAGCAAAAGAGCAGAGAGUGCCCAAGAAAAUGAAAAAGUCUGGAGGUUCUUCAGAAACAGAGAAUAAGUCUUCAGGGAUCACUGUGGAAUAUCUGAGCCAGUCUCUGAAAAAUGCUUUUGUAAACCUUUCAGAUCUUUGUAAACACACCGCAGCUCCAACUGUUGUUCAGGAAGUGUGCAGACCUAUGGUUUCAGAGAAGAUUGACCUACUUUCUGCGGGUGAGGCGUCUCAUGUGUCGGAUGUAGAAGAAACUCGGAGUGUGAGCGCCGAGCCUAAAAUAGAAAUGAAUACAGCCACCGAGGAAGAAUUAGUUUUCCCAGACCGUUUGGAAAAAUUCAUUUGUCAGGAAGACAGCAGUUGCACUUUGAAUAAAGAAGACGGCAGUGAAGACCUGGGAUACCCAGUCGAUGACCAGAGUAAGACUUUGAGUGAGUACAGCGCUCUUGAUGAGGCUGAGAAAGGCUCACAGCUCAACUGCUCUUGCAGCACGGUUGGGUCAUUUAAAAGCUGCUGCAGUGAUAAGGAGACGAUGCUCAGCAAGUACGGGGACAUGGACUCGGAGCUUGAUCAUCACGAGCAUCCUUCGUGGGAGGUGAACCCAGAAGGCUGCCUGAGAAAUGGGCUCGAUGUCAAGGCAGCUAUCUCUUAUUUUCAGACGGAGGAAAGCCAAAACGUCGAUACGCCAGCCACCAUUGUAGAUGUCGAGGAGUUCGACUACAGGAAGAUCCAAGAUAAUGAGUCAAAUGAAGAUGGAGAAAAUAGUGGACACCAAGAGGGCAUUAUAAAGAAGAUGCAAAAAAAGUAUUCAGAUGCUAGCGCUUCAUCUGCUUCAGAAAGUGAGGAUGAGGAAAUUGUAUCAGAGAAUGAUAUCCCUCUCAAAAAUUCUGAAUCAUCUUUAUCCAUACUAGACCAGUAUUUUGACUCCAGCCCCCCACUGAUAGACCAAGACUAUAAGGCUGAAGUAGGCCGUACAAGAAAUCAAGAAGGAAAUACUUUAAGCA